ACCGAGACCAACCCCUUCAUUUCCUCCUCGCCCGGCCCCGUCCCCAACCGGACUCUGCAAUCCACGAACUCCUCCUCCCACCUCCCCCGCCCUCGCGCCCCUGCCCCUGCUCUCCGCCUCCACCCACCCGGCACCUCCGGCGACCCCACCCCACCAGCCUCCUCCUCCUCCUCCGCCUGCCUCCGCGCAAGGCGGCGGCAUCCACCCGGCGUCCCCUCGCGGCGGGCGGCGCGCGACCGUUCCGCUCCCCCCGCGGUGGUGAGCGCUCCUCCCAGAUCCAAUCUUGCUCGCGCGCUCGCACCUUCCGCUCGUUCGGCUGCGUUUCGUUUUGGUUCCUGGAGAAAGCUGGAUCCUUUUCUCGGCCGGGCCUGCCGCGGAGGGAGAGGGCUGGGACAGGCGGAAAUGGCGUCGUUUUUUCGCCCCUUCUAUUGGCUCCAAUUUGUUGCACGACAGGGAUUUUUCUUUAUUUUCUUUCUUUCAUCUCGUUGCUGUUCCUGGUAUUCCGUCCUCCCUCGAUUUUCCUUCUAGCAAUGCUAACCGUUCUUCUCGUACAGGGACGGCGGCAGCCGAUGCAAAACUCGCGCCUCUGUUUCGUUUCUGAAAUGCUUUCGUUUUCCUGUGCUGCCUCUCUCGUCGCGAACAGAGUAACGGAGGGCCGGAGCCAUGAGCGGGGGACUGGAGCCGGAGACCCCGCCGGGUAGCAGCAGGAGCGGGGGCACCACGCCGGUGGGAGGCAAGCCGCCGCGGCACCACCUCACGUCCAUCCGCCACUGCGCCAGCAGCGCACGCAUCGCCGCGGCCUCCGCCGAAUUCGAGCUGGAUUCGGGGACGCUGAGCUUGAUCUCGCCCACAGACAUGCGUCCGGGCUUCUUGCCCGUGUUCCGAUCGGGGAGCUGCGCGGAUAUCGGGCCCAAAUCGUACAUGGAGGACGAACAUGUCUGUGUCGACAAUCUCGUCGAGCACCUCGGACUGCGUGGCCCGGGCAUCCAUGCCCCUGGUGCCUUCUAUGGGGUGUUUGAUGGCCAUGGUGGUACAGAUGCUGCCUGUUUUGUCCGGAAGAAUAUACUGAAGUUCAUAACCGAGGAUUGCCACUUCCCCAACAGCAUGGAGAAGGCAAUCAGAAGUGCGUUUGUGAAGGCUGACCAUGCAAUUGCGGAUUCCCAUUCUCUUGACCGUAAUUCUGGGACCACAGCAUUGACAGUCUUUAUAUUUGGCAGGACAUUGCUUGUUGCAAAUGCCGGUGACUGUCGAGCGGUAUUAGGAAAGCGAGGCCGAGCUGUUGAACUCUCUAGAGACCAUAAACCCAGCUGCACGGUUGAGAGGCUUAGAAUUGAAAACCUUGGUGGUACUGUCUUCGAUGGAUACCUCAAUGGUCAGCUGGCUGUAGCAAGGGCGAUCGGUGAUUGGCACAUGAAGGGCUCCAAAGGCUCUAUAUGCCCUCUUACACCAGAGCCUGAGUUUCGGGAGGUUAGACUCACGGAGGAAGAUGAGUUCUUGAUAAUAGGCUGUGAUGGCCUUUGGGAUGUGAUGAGCAGCCAGUUUGCUGUGUCCAUGGUAAGGAAAGAGCUGAUGGCGCACAACGAUCCGCAACGGUGCUCACGAGAGCUUGUCCAGGAAGCUCUCAGGCGAGACUGUUGUGAUAACCUAACUGCAGUUGUUGUGUGCUUCUCAGUGGACCCACCCCCUCAAAUCGAGAUCCCGAGAUUCCGGGUACGAAGAAGCAUAUCAAUGGAAGGACUGCAUACACUGAAGGGAGCCCUUGACAGUAAUGUCUGAGCUCUAAAAUAUACCUUGGCCCGCAACUUUUGUUGUAUGAUGAGUCUUCUCUUUCUUGUUGUUGGUCUGUUAAAGUUUUGUUCUGGCCAUUGGGUUUCGAGAUAUAGAUCUCGGAAUAAGCUUGGUAGAGUUACUUUGAAAGAAAUUUUGAAGAGGUGUAGGCUAAUUAAUGAUUUUUGUUGAGGCAAUGACUUAUCUGUACCGGCUGCCAUUUGAUUGUUGAUUGUUCACAAUGUAAUCGAGCAAUUGACCGACAUUGUUGUCCUGGUAUGAAUGAGAGCUAAAACA